AUGGUGGCAGCUUGGCAGGAAGCUGUGAAUAUCAUUAGAACACACGUGCCUUCACUUUCAAAUGUGAUUAAAAAUCAUCAUGCUAUCCAAAAGAGGUAUGAAACUUCUUCUACAUCUCAUGUUGGGCUCUUUGGAAUCCUAUGUUAUGAACAUGGAAUAGAAUAUUCCAACUACAAAGAAGCAAAUAUAACCAGGAUAUUUCCUCCGGUUGCUUUAAACUUUGCGGGUGGUGCAUCCAUGGCUCUAAAACCAACAAACUACCUUGUACAGGAUGGUGCUACUAUGUGGUGCAUUGGCUUUCAAAAAGUUCAAGACCCAGGGAUAACAAUUCUAGGCGGUUCUUCGUCUGUAAAUGUCUCCAUAACUUCUCGUAAGGACGAAUUCAUCAAUGAUGGGUAG